UUUGAAAAAUUGAAAAUUGUCUGUAAAAUUGUUCCUCUCUGUACAAUACAGAAAUUUUGUUUGGUUUUUAGCCAUAAUUAAAAAAGUUGCAGAUUGAUCUUGUCAGAAACAUGAAAUUGAGAGUAGGCUUUAGGGAUUUAAAACUGAAAGGAUUGCUUGCAGCUAUUAGGGUUUUAAUUUGGCGUCGAGUAGAUUCUAUGUAGAUUUCACCCUGGGAUUUAAGAGUAAGCUUAGCUUGUUAGACUCAUGUUUGAGUGAAUUUCGAAAGCUAGCUCAGCUCAGCUGCUCCAGCAUCAAGUUGAAAAUUGGAAGUCCUUUUUUUAUGCAAUCAUUUCCAAAAAUCUCUCUUGAAGUUCCAGUUCCAGUUCCAGUUCAAGUUCAAGCUAAAGUAGUGAGAGUGCAGUGCAGUAAACAGUGAAGUUGGGGGGGCGUAUGGAAUUUUAGUACACCAACCAGAUAAAGAGAAAAAAUGUCGGGAUCUGAGACGGGAGUGAUGACGAGUAGAGAGCCCUACAGCGUGGGCAUGCAACAGAAGAGUCCGGUUGCGUCACAGCCGGUGAUACAGAACAUGCGUUUAGCCUUUAGUGCUGACGGAACAGCUGUGUACAAGCCCAUCACUGCCUCGUCACCCACAUACCAGCCGGCCUCCAGCGCUGGUGCUGGGGCCGAGGGGUCCACAGCUGGGCCCCAGGUGACUCAAGGGCAAGCUCUGAACAUGAACAUGGGGAGCGAGCCUUUGAAGAGGAAGAGAGGGAGGCCCAGGAAGUAUGGGCCCGAUGGGACCAUACCGCUGGCUCUUAUAUCAGCUUCUUCCUCUGUCAGCGUAACCCAAUCUAAUAGUGGAGGAUUCUCUUCGCCUUCUGCUGCUGGUGGUGGUGGUGCUCCUCCGCCAUCAGGAGGAUCAGCCUCUUCACCAACUUCAACGAAGAAAGCUAGGGGAAGACCUCCAGGUUCUGGCAAGAAGCAUCAACUUGAAGCCCUCGGAUCAGCAGGAGUUGGGUUUACGCCCCAUGUUAUCACUGUUAAAGCUGGAGAGGAUGUAUCGUCAAAAAUAAUGUCAUUUUCUCAGCACGGUCCAAGGGCUGUUUGUAUCCUAUCAGCAAAUGGAGCCAUAUCAAACGUUACUCUUCGCCAACCAGCAACAUCUGGUGGGACUGUAACUUAUGAGGGGCGAUUUGAAAUUCUGUCACUUUCUGGUUCAUUUCUUCUGUCAGAAAAUGGUGGUCAGCGGAGCAGAACUGGAGGGUUAAGCGUGUCUUUGUCUGGCCCAGAUGGUCGUGUUUUAGGUGGUGGUGUAGCGGGCCUUCUAACGGCUGCAUCCUCUGUUCAGGUGGUUGUGGGUAGUUUUAUUGCAGAAGGUCGGAAGGAACCAAAGUCAGCGUGCCAGAUGGAACCCCAACCUGCCCCAGCGAAGCUUGCUCCAGGCGGUUUGCCGACGGGGGCUACGAGCCCACCAUCACGGGGUACUCUGAGUGAAUCCUCAGGUGGGCCCGGUAGCCCACUUAAUCAGAGCACAGGAGCCUGCAAUAACAAUAACCCACAAGGCAUGUCAAACUUGCCAUGGAAGUAAAACCUGCCUACAUUUUGUAGUCUUCAGCUAAUUGCGUAGUAGGCACGGGCUCGUGUUGUGUUAGUAUUCACCAUAGGCAGGCAGGCUUCAGUUUGUAAUUUAAGCAUUGUGUAAGUGAAGUAGAAUAAUGCGUUAUCUUGUACUUUGUGACCCCGUUGCUAGAUAGCUAGAAAGGGCUGUUUGGGCAGACGGCUGAGGGGAUGCUCUUUGCACUUGUAAGGUGAUGUUAGGAGUUUGAGAAAAAGGCCAUGCUCUUUGGCGUUUUAGACUGAGAUGGUGAGUUAGUUUGACUUCCUUUGUCUUUGUUGUAGUUUGCUUCUUUUGUUGCCCAUCACAGUUAACUAAUGUAAUUUAUCUGUUUCUCCAUUCAUCAUUAUCAAGUUGAUACUGAUGCUAGUUGAGCUCAGCUGGGGGUUUACUUA